CUCACCAUAAUCGGCAGCUGGUAUGGAGAGAAGAUGACACAGACAAAAGGAAGUCGAAAACGCUCAAGAAGCCUAGAAGAUGACGUGGAACUGUUUCCAGUCCCGAAAAGAGUGCACGACGGCCUGGCAGAUCGUUCCAUUCCCAGUCCACUUUUGAAUGGACAUGCUGCAGAAUUCAAUGGAAAUAGUCAAAACCAUGGAUGUAUGGAUGGUAGCAGUUUUCAAAAUGGAAUAGGAUCUAGUUCAUCGGUGCAGAGUUCACCUGGUCUUCCACAGAGUAAUUGUCUCCAUGGUAACCAAUGCAAUCACGUAACGCCUGGUACAUCUGGGAUGAAUGCAGGACUAUCGAGUCACCAUGAUGCUGUGCAUUCUAAUGCAAACAAUAGUCACUAUGAUCAAAUUAAUCAAAUUCUACGAGAAGCACAUUUUCAAAGGAAGGCGAGAAAACAUUCUCAUAUCUCGGAAGAUAUAUCAUAGCAGUUUAAUUAUUAAUUAUGUUUACAAGAUAUUUAUGUGUGAAAUAUCUUUCAUUUACUGUUGAUAUUCUGUUAUAUUUUGUGGUGUUGAAAUCUUAGGAAAUAACUCCACCUCCAAAGAGACUGGAUUCCAGGUUGCAUUUUUUCUUACAUCACUGUCUCGUUUUAAGCACGCACUUCAGCAAUGCAAAAAAAAUUUGUAUUUCAGAAGCGUCCUAAAAAAGUCUAGAUUAAUAUUUCUGGUUUUCAGAUACUUGUUGUCUCAAGGAUUCAUUCUGUCACUUUCUCAAAUAGAAGAACUUUAAACAUGUAGAUACCUCACUAGUUUGUACCUUCAAUUUCCUUAUUUUUAAAUAAUUGAGAAUAAUCAGAUAAUCACCUGUCUCUGGUGUACCCCACCCUCCCUCUUUUUCAACCCCUCGCACAUUUUGAAAAUCUAACCUGGAAUCCUUGGCCUAUGAUCAGUACAUGUGCAAUGUCUUUUCAUUGAUGCCAUGUCCUGUGGCAAGUUUUGGCAUGCAUCAAGUCUUACCGAUAUUACAAUGAUAUGUACCCUUUUUACAACAAUAAUAGUUGAUUACCGGUAGUUACCCUUGUUGAACAGUUGAAAUUUGCCUUUAUCAAAACGCUGGUAGGCAAUUCUGAAACUUCAGAUGUGCAUAUUUUUUUUUUUCAUACCGCACUACUUAUUUAUAGUGCUGGUUCAUACCCAAAUCAAAUUCUCAAAAAAUCUUGUUAAGGCAAUAUGGUGAACAGAAAACAAAACUUGAUGACAUACUUUGACAAAAAUACCCCCAAAAUGGUAUAAAACUGACACGUAUACAGAAUUAUUUAAUUUCAUGAUGAAAGCUGAAAGUGUAUUUUAUUUAAAACUGUUAUUCAGUUAGUUGUUGCUUUCAGAAUAUCCAGAUUAUAAAUGUACACAAGUUGCAUGUGAAAUAAUAUUUGGGCUUUGCAAAAAAAAAAAAAAUUCAUUAAAUUUGUAAAUCUGAUGUCUUAAA